AUGCGUCUCCCUGUGAGCAGUGGUUUCUCUGGGCUGGACACUACACAACUAAGGAAGAGAAACCACUGCGAGUGGCUGUUUGCUUCUUUGAUAAAGCCUAACUUUGAAGAGGUAAAACUUGUUUAAAAACAAGUUACGGCUCUCACAGAUUUGCUUACGCUUAUAACUGCUGCUUUAGUGCGAGCCUGCCAUGAAUUUUUGCUCUUUCGGUCUUCAUCCCAAUUAUUCCUACCCACUUUGUGUAAUGUAGGCAAACCCAUGUUGAAUUCCAAGGGACCAUAUCCAAUUUCAUAAAGAGAAGUGAAAUUUUGCUGCGCCUUGUUUAUGUUGUCUGCAAGACUUGAAAUAAGGCAUUUCCACGUCGCAGUCAUGCAAAAAGGGCAAAGAAAUUGAAAAGAGAUUGAAAAGCAGUAUGUUUACUUGUCAAAAAAUGGCUUUGCAUUAUAAUUUGAUCACAAGAUCUUGAGUGUUAUGCUCUUACUACAGUAUUCUGCACAAGUCCCUUUUAAAUUGGACUCAAUUCACAAUUUUGAGAACAAAGUCAUUGUAGGAUGUAAAAGGAUUGCUUGGUGUUGUUAGUGGAAAGUUGUUCUAUUAUAUCACCAAUUUGCACCAAAGUUGCUGAUUGUAGGCCGGGAGACAUUUUUUCAUCAUGCUCUAUCUGAAGAUCUUCAGUAGAAUCAUACAUUAACUUAUUAAACUUGCUAAUGAGCUUGGAAGCUAGUGCAUUCAAAGGCUGGAGAAACUGGGGAGCAACUGGGCAUGGGGAGGAAGGCAUCCAUUUCAUCCUCACAAGGGGCUAAAAUCAAAGGCAGCAUGAGUAUAUCAUUUUCUCUGAUUCAACAACAAUAUUAAAGCAGUCCAUUGGGGAUGAAAUCAAAGAGUGUUUUGAAGGCACUAUUGAUCUUUUCUUGUAAAAGACUGGGAAUUCAGCAAGCUAAAUGACCUUACUUACUGGCUAGACGAGCUACAAACCUGGUCAAUCGUAACAUUUUUGCCUGUGAGGAAUUUGUGUUUUGGUUAACUGGUGAAGUCAUCUCUAUUAUGAUUACUUUGCUGAAAGUUUUAUUGAUUGCUCUUUCCAUGUUAGAUGGGCAAGGGAUCCUUUAAAUAUGCUUGGGUCUUGGACAAGCUCAAAGCAGAGCGUGAACGUGGUAUUACCAUUGACAUUGCCCUGUGGAAGUUUGAAACAACGAAGUACUACAUAACUGUCAUUGAUGCCCCUGGUCAUCGUGACUUCAUCAAAAACAUGAUCACUGGAACAUCACAGGUAAGCCACAAAUUUUCACUCAGUUAAAGAAGAAGCUCUUGAAGACAAUCUUUGCAGUAAUAUUGUAGUUUCAGGGAGAAUGUCAAGUGCUAGACUCGAAACUUUUUUAUAGGGACUUAAAUGGGGGUUGCCAUAAAAAUGAAGAGUAAAGAAAGGAUUGGUGCUAAGCUUCAUAUUUUGUGGAGCAAGUUCCACAAAUAAACCGUUUAAGAGCAGCAUCACUUCACCCAGCCUCCCCGUUUACAAGAGGCAAGUCAGCCUGGUUGAGCAUGCUUACCCAUUUUGUUGGGCUGGCUUGACUCUUGCAUUAUUUCUCUUUAUUUUUUUGUUGUGUUUGUAUGAAAGGCAGCUAGCCUGCUUGUGAGAUCUUGGGUUUCUUGCAACGAUGUCUCCUCCAUGAUAUGCAAUAUUGUGGGCAAAUUACACAAGAAGUACACAUGCAAAUACACAUGUAAAAAAUACACAUGAGUACAUAAGAAUACUUUGAAUAUCUGUCAUGCAAGGAUGUAGCUAAGAAAGUGAUAAGCAGACUUUUUGGAUAGUCAAGCUGGCUGUUCUACUUAUCUCCAUCUCUAAAAUUCCCUCAUGUCUUUAUUUUCCUUUCAAUUUGAGCUGGUGAUAAGCUCUUUUUAGCUGGAGAAAUUAGCUGGCAGCUGGCUUUUAGCAACGUCCCCCUGGUCAUGUGAUUUUAAGAAUGCCAAAAUUUCAUUGGGUUAGCAUUAGAGAACACAGUGUGAAGCCCGAAUAGACACCUAAUGAGGUUUACACAAUGUAUUCUCUCAGCAUAACGAGACUUGAACAGAACCCCACUAACUUUGUAGAAUUACUAAAUAAAAAACAAAACUGCACUGUGCCAGUUAUGGAGAGAGCGUACCAGAAAGUUAAGUACCGAACUGUGACAGUUAGCUUUCAAAUAUUGUAAUAGGAUAUGGCAUACAUACAUGCAUAUUCUGGGAUUUGGCAGCAACCUUAUCAUCACUUAUUUUCGCGAAAUAAAAGUCCCGCAAAGAAAAGGUGCCGCGGAAAUUAAAGAUGCGAAAAUUAGUGAGCUUUAUAGAAAACGUAACUUAAGUUGUCUGUCUGCUAGUGGUACUUAGCAAGAACUGUGGGCCUCAAAACAUCACAAAAACCUUGCAAAAUAUUUCUCUGCGUGUUUUGUAGACACAAAUCCGUGGGUGUGUUGUGUUCAAUGUAACUCGGUUUGUUUUUAGGUAUAUAUACAUGUACUCUUAAUUGUAUUGUAAAACUCCCUGGUAAAGUGUGUGCUAGUCACACAAAACGCGUGGGAGACAAUAAAACAAUUUUACAACUCAAGAACUUCGCAGAAGUGCUCCACAGUGGUUUAUCCUUUUAACAAUAUUCUUUGCAACCACGUAACAGGCAGUGUGGAAAAGCAGCACAUUGCAAGAGGAUGGAGCAAUGUUCAAGCAAAGACAACCUCCUCGCCUGAAGAUCCAUUUGAAAACAUUGAGGCAAUCCUUAUCUAAAAGCUAAUUGGCAGCGCCAUCGAGUUAAAUAGUGCCUUGGUUGCUUGUAUCAGUGUUGCUGCUAUUGUUAAAUAUUCCAACCAGUUGCUUUUUAUGUUUCUAUGCCAUUAUGGUUAAAUACAGUAUGGAAAUAGAAGUUUAAAAAACCGGGCACUAGUGUACUUGAUUUGUGAAAUUUAAUUACCUUCAAAAACAGUGAAUGAUUCGUCAAAACCGCGAAAUUUAAGUCCUGCAAAAUAUUUCUAUUCCAAAUUCAUGAAAUUAAAGUCCCGCUAAAAUAAGUGAUAAUAAGCUUGUCCUAGAUGGCAUUGCAGUUCUGUUCAUAGAUCUUAUUUUCUAUUGAACAGUUAAGUUGUCCUUCUUGAAAUUUUAGUGGAAGAAACAAUCUGGCUUCAGCUGAUGCUACCUAAUGCUAACCAUUUCAUUGGUUCCCUGGUGUUCUUUUUUUUUAUUAUUACCUUGCACCACAUUGGUCCGUCUCACCUUGAGUAUGUUAGACGCAAUCUCUACUGUAUGCUGAUUAAUACAGUAAAAACCCCCAACUAAGAACCUACACUUUUAGGAGUCAGCUUAGACAGGUUCUUAUAUAAAUGGUAGUUAACCCUUUAAACCCGAAGAUCAAAAUUUGAAUUCUCAUUUGUUGCCCCUAUUCAUUUCCUACAGAAGUAGUGGGGAGAAGUUGAUAAAUAUCAAGCAAAUUAAUCUUGUGUGAUCAUGUCUGCAAUUCUCAUAACCACUCUGUUUUACAAAGCAUUGCUAUUACAAGAAGAAAUUUGACCGUGAUCACUCUUAGGGCUUAAAGGGUUAACAGAAUUUUAGGCUAUUUAGGUUCUUAAAAUGGGUUCUUAAUACUGGAGAAAAAACAAUGCAUAAUGGUGUGCUGAUCUACAUAUNUUAUUACCUUGCACCACAUUGGUCCGUCUCACCUUGAGUAUGUUAGACGCAAUCUCUACUGUAUGCUGAUUAAUACAGUAAAAACCCCCAACUAAGAACCUACACUUUUAGGAGUCAGCUUAGACAGGUUCUUAUAUAAAUGGUAGUUAACCCUUUAAACCCGAAAAUCAAAAUUUGAAUUCUCAUUUGUUGCCCCUAUUCAUUUCCUACAGAAGUAGUGGGGAGAAGUUGAUAAAUAUCAAGCAAAUUAAUCUUGUGUGAUCAUGUCUGCAAUUCUCAUAACCACUCUGUUUUACAAAGCAUUGCUAUUACAAGAAGAAAUUUGACCGUGAUCACUCUUAGGGCUUAAAGGGUUAACAGAAUUUUAGGCUAUUUAGGUUCUUAAAAUGGGUUCUUAAUACUGGAGAAAAAACAAUGCAUAAUGGUGUGCUGAUCUACAUAUUGCUUAGUAUGCUUUGUAAGUCUACAUAUCUUGCACUCAUUUUUCUUUAAAAAACAUUUUUACAACAAUGGCAAUCUGCUUCUUUUCUUAAAAUAUGAUUCUUGCAAUGCAGCUGUGCAUGUAAUGUACUAGUAUGAUUUUAGAAAGUAAGAACCUGUUUGAAAUUUCUUAGGCUAAAUAGGUUCUUGUUUAUAGGGGGUAUAAAUGACCAAUUUUAAGCUAACAGGUUCUUAAUUUUUAGGUUCUUAGUUGCGGGUUUUUACUGUAAGCUAUGUUGAGAAAAGCUCAAGUAGUAAACAUUUUGUAGGGAUGACACCAAAUCAAACUGUAAAAUUUGUUUGUGUUCUUGACAUGGAAUUUUAAGCGAAAUCAUUUCUCCUAGUAAAAUGCACAUUGUUGUAUUUGGCUGAUUCAACACAAACAAUACCCCUAGCCUUAGAAGCAAAAGAAGCUACUGCUUAUUUAGGCCAAUGAAAAUGGAGGUCUGGAAGAGCUACUGUAUGACUUUAUUGGUUGCAUUGGUUCUUGACCAGUAAAAGUUUUCUUUCUCAAACAAUUUAGGCUGACUGUGCUGUGUUAAUUGUUGCUUCUGGAACUGGAGAGUUUGAAGCUGGUAUUUCAAAGAAUGGACAAACUCGCGAACAUGCAUUGUUAGCUUUCACAUUGGGAGUCAAGCAGCUUAUUGUUGGUGUAAACAAGAUAGACAGUACUGAACCACCAUACAGUGAGAAGCGCUUUGAGGAGAUCAAAAAGGAAGUUGGUGCUUAUGUAAAAAAAGUGGGUUACAAUCCUAAAGCUGUUGCCUUUGUUCCCAUAUCUGGUUGGCAUGGAGACAAUAUGCUGGAGCCAAGUGACAAUGUAUGUAUUGCAACAGCUUGCCAGCAAUAGGGAGCUUAUGCAACGAUGACUGCAACCCCAACAGCAAAAAAGCAAUAGCUUAAGAUUAACAAAAAACAACUCUGCACAUGCAGCAUGCUUUUUUGUACAAUUAUUUGCUGUCAUUGCUGGACUACAGCAAUGACAUUUCAUGGAGAAUGUGGACAGAAUUUUUCUCAACUUAUUUACAGUCCUUAAAGACUCGACUCCAGAAAAAAUCGGCAACAUUUGGCAAAUUGAUUAGAUAGAACAAGAGUGGUGAAUUUUUAAACAGCAUAAAUUCACUUCUUAAGUGAUGUUUCCACUGCUGUUGAUUUUGUGGUUGCUAAAGCUCUGUAUUAGUACUAACUGGGUGAAUUUUAGGCCUGUUUUCAAGAAACCCCUCUGCGUGAAGAUACUGUAUUUUCUGGUGUCUAAGUUGGGACAAUUUUUUGGGCCUAAAACUUGAAAGAGAGUUUAUCCUAAGUCUAUGCAGCACUGUUCAAAAGUACAGUUGACUCCCAAUAACUCAGACCCUCGCUAACUCGAACCUCAUGCUAACUCAAACCAAACUCAAUUUCCCUUGGACUUCUUCAUGCAUUACUGUAAUUAUAUCCUCGGUAACUUGAACCCUUGAAAACUCCAACCUCCUGCUAACUUGAGGUAAAUUUUGUUUCCCUUCUGAUCAUUUCUAUAUCAUUUGGGGCCGUAUCAGUGACUGUAUCAGUCGCAAUUUCGAGCCCUGAUGAAAUGAAGGAGAGUAUGUGUUAGUCACCUGUUCAUUAGAAGUUAUUGAAAAAAUACCAUUAUUAUUUUCUUAUUUUUAGAUGUCAUGGUUCAAGGGAUGGGCUAUUGAACGUAAGGAAGGAAAUGCCAGUGGAAAAACUCUGUUUGAAGCCCUGGAUAGUAUUUUGCCCCCGAAAAGACCCACCGAUAAGCCUCUGCGUUUGCCCUUGCAGGAUGUCUACAAAAUUGGAGGUUAAUACAAUGUUUCUUAUGUAAAGUUCAGUCAAACCUCCACUAACAGCCACCUCUCCACAACGAUUUUUUUUUUGCUCCGAUGGACAGUCCACACAUUGACUCUUGAAUAAACCUCUCUACAAUGGCAAUGAGCACAAAAGUGCAUCCCAAACUGCCAAAAUAACCCCUCAACAACGGCCAGUGUUUUUAGCGGCUUAUGAAAAAGUCAAGAAUGGUCCUUAAAUUUGAUCCGUAGGUACAUCAAUGAUUAAUCGCUGCAACCCUAUUUUGGAUUGUGCGCCAUUUAUACUGCUGAAGUAAGCAUAAAUUUUCUUUAUACUUGCAGUGAAUGUUGCGAACCCUGCUGGUUUUGUCACGUGGACAUUUUGAUUCAAAACCUCAUUCAAGUUUUUGUGUGUUUUAUCUCUAUACAAUAUUAUUUCUGAUUGGAUUUCCAUUAUGGGAUACACUCCUUUUUUUUAUAAGUUUUGUUUUUCCGGCCCAGGCUGAAUAUUCUUAUUUUUCUGCCGAUUUUAGGCUGAAAAUAUUCUUCUAUUAUUCUUCAAUAAAGCCUAGUGCUGUUUUUGUUUUCGCUAGGUUUUGUUAUUUAAAGAGGAAAGAAUUUGUCAUAAUACUUUUUUGUGGUUUAGUUUGUCUUUUGUGCUGAAUACUGUACAUAUGUAUUACAUGUACCGUUCAUCGAACUGUCAUUAGCGUUGAACAUUUUGCUAUAGCUAGUGCAGGUUUUUUUAGCUAGUUUCGCCGUUCAGAGAAAGGAAUAAUUUUAUACGGUUAAGUUAAAAACAAAAUUGUAUUGUAUUUACAGAUGUUUCGACACACAAAAUUAUAUCUAUCCUUUUCCAAAUCUUAGCCUCAGCUUUAUUCUUAAAAUAUUCUUAAAACUUGGCCAAUUUCAGCCUCGAUAUUCUUAUAAAAUAUAUUCUUAUUAAAAAAAAAGAGUGUACAGUACACAUGAACUUAGUGCAAAAAAUAUGUUGUACUCUGCAUAAUGGCCUCUUCUCCAUAAUGGCCACUUUCUUCUGUCUCCAAGGUGGCUAUUGCGGUGGAGGUUUGACUGUAAUUUAGCAUAAAAGCUGUCCUUCCCUCACUCGCCCCUCCCUGCCAGUGAAAUUUAACAAGUACAAAAGGUAAAAGAGGUACUCAAAGGAAAAUGUUCUCACUGCAGCAGAGAUGAACAACAUGUUGAGACAGCCUGCUUGGUACAAGUACAAACAAGUUGUUUAUAUGGAUCCAUAAACAGGGGUUGGGUUUAUUAAUAGUUAAAGACCAGAUGGUGAUAACCCAGUAGGUGUUUAAGGUUCAGAAAGGCAUCAAGUCAGCUUGUAAUGUUCUGGUGGGGUAGAUUGUUGAAUUUACAGUAAACAGGCUGUAAUUAUGUGUGACUUACUUAAUCUGUUUUAACCUACUUAAAGGUAUCGGAACAGUUCCUGUGGGACGUGUGGAGACUGGAGUCCUUAAGCCUGGGGUAGUUGUUACUUUUGCUCCUCAAAUGCUUUCCACUGAGGUCAAAUCUGUGGAAAUGCACCAUGAAGCCCUUACAGAGGCUGCGCCUGGAGACAAUGUUGGCUUUAACGUUAAGAACGUUUCUGUAAAGGAUGUUAAGCGUGGUAAUGUUGCUGGGGAUAGCAAAAACGAUCCUCCAAAAGGAGCCAAAAACUUCACUGCUCAGGUAUGUUGGUGAAAACUCGUCAACCCCCAUCUGCCCUUGUAAUGUUUUUUUUUUCAAAUUAGAUGAAGUAGAUCAAAUAAAGUCUGGUUCAGAUGCCGCUCUGCUUGUGUUCCGAACAUGAUGAAUUAAGUGAGGCAAAAGAGUGGUGUCUGAAUCAAUUUUGGUAUGGCAGUUUUAGUCUGGUGCGGCAAAAGUGUCAAGUUGGACAGAGUCUGUCCAAGUUUUUUCGAAAUUAACUUAGGCUCAACACACUGUGCACUGUCUGAAUCAGAUGCCGCGCCACUGUGGCUCCAAAGUCGAGCUUAUUCAAUUAGGUUCAGCACAUGAAAAGUACAGCGUCUGAACCAAGGCUAACUGACCUCAGGUUAAACAAGGAUAUGCCUGAAAGCGUUAAUUCAUGAUAAAGCAGAACAGUAAAAAUCGUAUGUACAUUGAUGAGGAACUCUAUCACCAGCCAUAUUUAAUGUCAAUAUGGAUUCUACAGUAAAAGCAAAAUGGUGAUGAUGCAAUAAAAGAAGCAUACUUUGGGAUUCAAUAGUGAUAAAUUCAAUAGGUGUUAAAUGGUAUAUGUUGCAGUGAAAACCAAAAAAAGUACUUCGACUUAAAAUUCAAGAGUAUCCUUGCAGUGUGAAAAUUGCCUGAAAAGUCCAGCAACCUACAUUCAAUUAUUCAUCUCUACCUCUAUCUCUUUAUUUCUUGAGAAAGAGGUAGCAAGACACUCAGCAUGGGAAAUGUAAGGCCAUUGCAUUGUGCUGUUCAGUGUAUCCCUAUAAUAAUAUUAUUUGAUGAAACUGAGUAUGAUAGAAAGAAUUAUGGUAAUUGAGGAGGGUGUUAUCUGCCGCCUCAGCAGAAGACACCCUCUGGGAUCUACAUGAUUCUUUAGAUCAUAAGAAAGCUGUAUCCAAUUCCUGUAAGAAAUAAUUAUUAUAACAUUCAUUCAAAAUAAUUAAUACCUUAAACAUUCUUACCUCGGUUGAUGCUCUUGUCUUCAUUUUGUGUUUCUCAACAAAUUCAGGUUGCUGUUCUCUCUCUGUUUAGUUAAGCUAUUCCUUCUUCACAAAACGUAUGAAAUUUUCUGCCAUUUUCUCCAACUCCACCAAAGCAACUGAGCAUCUGUAACCUUGUGCCUGGGGCUUUUCCAUUGCCAUCCCAUUUUAUUAUUGAUGCAUUUUACCAGUUAUCCCAAAGUUCUUUCACAUUUGGUCAAAACUGGCUGGUUAUGAAGAAUAAUAAGCCACGUGGAUUUGAGCCAGUCAGAUACAGAAAGAACGACAUCUGUAAAAAGUUGGGCUCGAUAUGCUAAAUAGUUAUAAGAAAAUCUCUUUGAAUUUCCAUAGAUAUCACUUGCCAAGAGCUGAAAAUUGCACUUACUGCUCUAGUUAGAUAAUUAUAAUACCCUGACAACGUUUGUUGAACAAGAGCUGACGCAUUCCUCGUUCAUCAAUGUUGAACCAUGUGCAACUGUCUUAAAGAUGUUAAAGUGGCAUUUAAGGAGCACAUUCUUGUCUUUCUAUGCAGGUCAUUGUUAUGAACCAUCCAGGGGAAAUUCAUGCAGGAUACUCACCAGUGCUUGAUUGCCACACUGCUCAUAUUGCCUGCAAAUUCAGUGAGAUCUUACAGAAGAUAGAUCGCCGCAGUGGUAAAGUAUUGGAGGAAAAUCCCAAAGCUGUCAAGUCAGGAGAUGCUGCCAUGAUUGUUAUGAUUCCAUCCAAGCCAAUGUGUGUGGAGACAUUCUCUGAGUAUCCACCUCUUGGCCGCUUUGCUGUGCGUGACAUGAAGCAGACAGUAGCUGUCGGUGUUAUCAAGAAAGUGGAGAAGGAGGACAAGACCCAGGGCAAGACGACCAAGUCAGCCCAGAAGAAGGGAGCGAAGUGA